AUGAUUGAUGAUGAUGAUGAUGAUGAUGAUGAUGAUGAUGAUGAUGAUGAUGAUGAUGAUGAUGAUGAUGAUGAUGAUGAUGAUGAUGAUGAUGAUGAUGAUGAUGAUGAUGAUGAUGAUGAUGAUGAUGAUGAUGAUGAUGAUGAUGAUGAUGAUGAUGAUGAUGAUGAUGAUGAUGAUGAUGAUGAUGAUGAUGAUGAUGAUGAUGAUGAUGAUGAUGAUGAUGAUGAUGAUGAUGAUGAUGAUGAUGAUGAUGAUGAUGAUGAUGAUGAUGAUGAUGAUGAUGAUGAUGAUGAUGAUGAUGAUGAUGAUGAUGAUGAUGAUGAUGAUGAUGAUGAUGAUGAUGAUGAUGAUGAUGAUGAUGACUGA